GGAGAUAAAAAAAAAUCCAAUGAGCCAAUCAAUAUUAACAUGUCAGCCAUCUUCCAUUUAUACAUGCAUGCAUAUAUAUCCUCAUCACACAUGCCAUCAUGCCAUUUAUAUUUGGAAUUGUCUUGCAAAGGUCAAAACAAAGAGGGUGAGAAAAAGAAAAAAAAAAAAAAAAAAGAUUCACACUCACCAAUCGCUAUAAGGUAUUAGAGUACAGAGCAACAACGGUCACAUGCAUGAGCUUGAAAACUUUGCCAAACGUGACAACAUUUAAACCAAACUGCACUCUCAUUCACUACAUAUCCCGCGCCUUUCUACCAAUGUAAUACACACUCCCAAGCUUCAACUCCACACUCUCACUCUCACUCUCACUCUCAACUGAGCUUUUCUAACCCUACAAGAAAAAAGGCCAUGGAAAACUGCAGAAAAUCUCCAUUGAAGCCAUGGAAGAAAGGCCCAACUAGAGGCAAAGGUGGCCCUCAGAACGCCUCAUGUGAAUACCGCGGCGUUCGGCAAAGAACUUGGGGCAAAUGGGUUGCUGAAAUCAGAGAACCAAAGAAGAGAACCAGGCUCUGGUUGGGCUCUUUUGCCACAGCAGAAGAAGCUGCCAUGGCUUAUGAUGAUGCUGCCAGGAGACUCUAUGGUCCAGAUGCUUUUCUCAAUCUUCCUCACCUCCAAGCCAACUCCAAUCCUGCACUCAAAUCUCAAAAGUUCAAAUGGUUCCCUUCCCAAAAUUUCAUUUCCAUGUUUCCUUCUUGUGGUUUGCUCAAUAUUAAUGCCCAACCAAGUGUUCAUGUCAUUCAUCAGAGGCUCCAAGAACUUAAGCAAAAUGGGGUUCUUGGUCAAACUACUCCGUCCUCUAGUUCUUCUUCCUGUGAUUCUAAACCUGAGGUUCGCACCAUAAGCGACAAAACACAGAUGGGAAAUGUUGCAGAGAAGGAGAAAGAUGUAGAAAUUUCAUCAGAAAAAAUUAUUGAAGACAACCGGGAGAAGCCGCAGAUUGAUCUCAAUGAGUUUCUUCAGCAACUGGGAGUACUGAAAAAAGAGAGACAGUCAGAGGCAAUUGACACCACAGGAAAUUUUGGAGUUCCAGAAUCUUCAGUUACAGAACUUAAUGAUGAAUUUGGACCCUUUGCUGACAAGAAUUUCAAUUGGGAUGCAUUGAUUGAGAUGCAUGGGAUUUCAGACCAAGGAGCAGAUGCUGGUAGCUUUCAAGUUUAUGAUGUGAAUGAAGAGCUGCCCUUCCCCACUUCUAUUUGGGACUUCUAAGAGAAUCUUGUUUAACUAGACAUGGAAUAGUAGGACUUGCUUUACCAGAGAAGGAAUUUGUUAGAAAUCGGCACUUAGCAGUCGUUUAAAAAUAGGCUAUAGUGGGUAAUUGCACGUUAUUUUGUUAUACUGUCAAUCUGGCACCACCGCAUAUUCAAACAAGAGUUCACCUCAUGGUCCAGAUUGAGGCAUAAUAUACCAGACUAUCUGGUAGGAACAUGUCCCAAAUGCUACUGUUGCUUCCAUAACUCUUAAGUCACA